AUGGCAUGUGCUGAGUUCUCGCUCGAAAACCUCAGCAGGGUAUUGCAAACGUACGAGGGGCGUGACAAGACAGCCAGGCUAGUACAAUUUGCCAGCAGAUUUGUGGUCGGACUGACUGCGCAAGCGAGCAGCAGGACUUUUCUCCGUGCCGUGCAUGGAGAUGCUCGAAAGUUGCUAGCAGCGGUGACGUCAGCAAGGCGAACGUAUCGAAUUGGCAGAGAGUUGCCCAUCCUCCUGUCGUUCUCAAGUGCCAUGGCCCAGCCAAAGCUGAUGGACAUUGCCUUGGAUCUCUCAAAAAAGGCCACGCUCGUCAUGUAUUUCCUGACGGACCACCUGGGGUGGCUGAAGCAGGUGCUCCGCGAUGCUAAGAGUGCAGCCAGCACAAUUCAGCGGGGAUUGGCAUGGCUAGCAAUUUCGAGCUUCGUUUCGGCGAUCUCUGGAGUACGACACCUCUGUGCAGCUCCAGAUGUUCCAAGCCAGGAUCGCCAGGCACGUACUGAUGGCAGAUCCGACCUGCAACCACAGAAGCGCAGAGAGGCAUUUGUUCUCAUCUUCCGAGACUGUUUGCUAGCAUUCCAAGCCCUCCACUUAGCACGAAUCCUCGAGGGUGGUGACAGCUUGGUUGGUAUCCUGGGAAUGGUGACAAGCAUUAUCGACAUCGCGAGGGUGUGGCCUGUCCAGCGAUGUCCAAAGCAGGAGGAGACUGCCACAGCAGUCAUGCAAGACGAGUCGCAGCAAUGCGCGGAAAGUGAAUUUGGAGAAGCUGGCUCGACAUUUUCGGGGCAAACGAGCACAACCCGAGAGUCGUUUGAAAGCGAAGUCAGCGAGUCCACAAGUGUACAGAUUGCGGGUCUACAGCUGUAG